CGGCCGCCCCCGGGUCGGUGGUGGGAGAACUCGCUAAAACCAACGUCAAAAUCCAGCGGAAGCGUCAGUUGCUUACAAUCAGAUUGGAUGCGUAGGAAACCCAUCUAAAUCGCGAGCUCACAUUCAUGUUCCUGCUGCUGCCGUAGUGGUGCUACGAAUCCGUUCGGUGCCGCCGUUGUUACUGUUGUUUCGCUAGUGCAAUAAUCACACCCGAAGUGCAAUAUUCUAGUUGAAAAGAAGAAUUUACCAACGAUCGGGAUAGCAAAAAAAAAGAAACAAUUCUAGUGCGCGCGUGUGUGCUCUCAUAGCCAAUUCAGUUUUCUUUUUAAUUUUCUUUCGUUCGGUGUAUUUGUGUGUCCCAGUGUAUGCUUGUUGCGUUUUUGGCGAAGACAAUCCCAUCGUGUGCCUGCCCGCUGCCGUUCCCGACCAAGUGCAAUAGAAACUGUUUUCAAGCAGAUUGGCAGCAAAACCCAGCAACACUGCAACAAAUAUCAUCGUGAACGAAUGCUUAAAACCGUGGUCUGACUAAACAUCUUCAAACCCUUCAUAGCAUCAGUGGUAUACGAGCGCCCCCGAGCCAAACUAUCCGUUCCUGUUCGCCAUUCGCUGUUCGUUUUGAGCUGCCCGGUCACAAAACCCGCACAUACUCACAGAAAUGGCCUUAAUUAUGAAAUACAUUGACAGUAUGCAUCACUACAUGGACAAAUACGGAGACCCCCGGACGAAAGAUUGGCCACUGAUGUCGUCGCCGCUCCCAACCCUAGCACUAUGUUUAGGAUAUGUGUACUUAGUCAAAGUCCUGGGUCCAAGGCUAAUGGAAAACCGCAAACCCUUCCAGCUCAAAAACACCCUCAUAGUGUACAACUUCGUUCAAGUCGUGUUCAGUGCCUGGUUAUUCUAUGAGAUUGGUGUAUCGGGUUGGCUAACGGGACAUUAUAACUUCCGAUGCCAGCCAGUCGACUAUAGUAACCACCCCAAAACGCUGCGGAUGGUGCAUGCCUGCUGGUGGUACUACUUCUCAAAGUUCACCGAAUUCUUUGACACGUUCUUCUUUGUGAUGCGCAAAAAGAGUAGCCAAGUGUCUACAUUGCACGUCAUUCACCACGGAUGUAUGCCAAUGUCGGUGUGGUUCGGUGUUAAGUUCACUCCAGGCGGUCACAGCACAUUCUUCGGCCUUUUGAACACGUUCGUACACAUAGUGAUGUAUACGUACUAUCUGUUUACUGCCCUCGGACCGCAAUUCCAGAAAUACUUGUGGUGGAAGAAAUAUUUAACCGCCCUUCAGAUGGUUCAGUUCGUCCUGAUUAUGGUACACGCUUUCCAGCUGCUGUUUAUCGACUGCAACUACCCGAAAGCUUUCGUCUGGUGGAUCGGAAUGCAUGCUGUGAUGUUCUUCUUCCUGUUCAACGAGUUCUACCAGUCCACAUACAAAGCCCAAAAGCGGAAGAGGGAAGCUGCUGCCAAGAAGCGGGAAGCUGAACUACUCCUGCAACAGCAGCAACUACAAAAUGGCCACGUGGCCAACGGUAGCGCUAACGGUACGCUCAGCAAUGGCACCGGCAACAAGGCUGCCGAUUACUACGUACGCGGCGACCUACCAGCCGAGAUGGAACUGACGCAACGGUCAUCAACGAACACGCAUACGACAGCCCAAUAAUAGCGGGAUACGGCAGACCGGAUUCGGUUCUUGUAAUUAAUUAUUAAUUUAUUGUAAAAUUGUCCCGGAACCCGCGAAUAUGCGUGUGUGUGUGUACGUGUGAACACUUGUGUGCAGGGUAUCGUAGAUGCCACCGGUUUAUCGCAUCCCAAGUCAAUCACAACCCAUCCCCCCGCUCCUCCCCUUUCUCGCCCCACGUUAACUCGCACCCAACCCAAUCUGUUCUGAUUUAUCACUUCCAUUUCCGAGGUUAACAUAAAUCGCCAUGCACACCAAAAUGGCGCAUGUGGUUUGUUUUUAAAAGUAUCAUUUUAAUUCUACCCCUCCAAUGAAAUAUUAUUACCCUGGAAUACCGGAGCACACAUACAAAACAGCACACACGUCGUCGCAGAGAAGCAAAUCUAACUAAAACCAUUCAACCUGACGAAGGCUGCUAGGGCAAGGUUAGUUACGGCAUGUUACGCCUUCGAGUCUGUUUAGGAUUUCAUGCGAACGGAAGUAUGUCACUUUGGAUAUACAUACCUUUAAAUGGAGAUUAAGAGGCAGCCAGGCAGCUUUACACCUUUUUGUCUUUUUUAAGUUUAAUAAGAAAGCUACAUUGAUGUGUUUUUGCAUAGUGAUGAUUUAUUUUGAAACAGACAGUAAGAAAAAAAAACAAAACACAAGAAAAAAGUGAAAGCAAUCGUACGGGAAAGGUAUUGCAGACAGAUUUGUGUACAGAAUACAAGCGACAAAUGUAUAGCCGUAGGUGCAAUGAUGGUGCAGCAAUCAGGAAGAUGUAUCAUGCAAGUGGAACUGAAUGAAUGUGUGACAAGCGCAAUGGUACAAUAGCAUUAAACAUGGGUUAGUAGAAUGGGUACGAAAAAAAGCGGUCGAAUAAAAUCAAGGAUAUAGUUGAUAGGAAAAGAGUUCAAGCAAAACUAUAGCUGUAUGUUUGUGCAUGUGUGUGCGUGUGUAUGAUAAGCGUAUUGCAGCGACCUUGCGGAUCCAGCAGAUCGAUGUGGCACUUAUGAAAUGUAUGUAGUACAUAGCAGACUACAGCACGAUCCACAGAAUGUGAGUGUAUGUUGCCUAUUGAAAUGUUGCCAGAGCAGUGCGUAGAGCGGCUCGAUUCCGUCAAGGUUAUGCAGCGAUAAGCGAGAGAGAAAGAGAGAAAUAAUGAAUGUUAAUUGUGAGGCAGAGAAAUGGCAGAUCGGCAUAGGCAUCACCUUCAUGCUUUUUAGUACCCAUUUUUCCACGUUUUUUUAAACAUAUUUUUUUUAUCUUGGAAAUUGUGCCCUUCUUUUGUUUUCUCCUUCGAUCCUGCAAACCCUCUCCCCUUUUCCACUCCAUGAAUGCUUCCCGAACUUCUCCUGUCGAUUUUCCAGUCCUACCUGGUGGAAAUACCCGGUAAUAGUAGCUGUCGUGAUGUGCGGUGUCCUAUAUUUACGUAUAAGUGAAAUACCAAUCUACUUUUUCACUCUAAGUCUAAGGAAUAUUUUUUGGAAGGACACUUUCGGCAAUAAAACAGAAGAUUUAAACUGUA